AUGUAUACUCCUACCCCUUUUCACAUUCAAAUUCUAGAAAAGUGCUCUGAGUUUGGAGAUAAGUAUGCUUUGAAAGAUCACGAAGACACCUUCACUUUUCUGGAUGUUCGUAAGAAAGCUUAUCAAGUGGCUGAAUUAUUCAGAAAACGAGGCAUUAAGAAAGGCUCCUCUAUUCUCGUGUGUUUACCGAAUUGCUGCUGGUAUCCAGUAGUUUUCUUAGCUUCUGCCAUAUUGGGAGCGACCAUCUCUGGAAUAAGUACACAGUCAACGAAAGAUGAAAUCAAUGAAUACACUGGAAAAUCCGGCGCUGAAGCAUUCGUUACAACGCUGGAAAUAGCCCAAGCAUUAGGAGAUGCAGCUCCCAGAACUGAUAUCAUUGUUAUAAGCAAGAAGACAUGUUGUGGUCGUCCAACUAUUCCCCGGGAUCUUAUAGAAGUGGAAGAGCAGAACUUCAACAUCUGUGAGGUAAGCCUGGAUGAUCCUUUGAUCAUGCCAUUUUCAAGUGGUACGACAGGAAAGCCGAAAUGUGUGAUCUUGACUCAUCGCAACUAUCUCUCUGCAACAGAUAACUUGAAGAAGGCUAUUUUUGACGAACUUCUAGACAAAAAUAAGAAGAAAACCCUGGCUUUCUUGCCAUUCCAUCACGGAAGCGGCUUUUGGGCGUUAGUCUUCUCAUUGCUUGAAGGAUGCGAAUCUAUAAUAAUGCCUCAAUUUCAUCCCAUAACAAUGCUUCAAUUGAUCAGUACUCAUCGCAUUGAGGUAAUUAAUGUGGUUCCUUCUAUUCUUCGCUUUCUUUGCCAAUUUGCUCCAAGUCAACUGAACUUGGAUGUUUCUUGCUUGACAACGAUAUUGUGUGGAUCGAGUCCGCUUGGCCCUGAGCUAAGUUCAAAUGUUCUGAAAAACUUUCCGUCUGUAAAGCAUUUAGUGCAAGGUUAUGGUUUGUCGGAAAUCGUAGUCUUGAGCCAUAUCACUCCUUUGACUUCUCCAAAAGAAAAACUGGGAAGUUGUGGAAAGCUUAUACCUGGCUUUCAAGCUAAAAUUGUUGCGGAGAACGGAGACAUUGUAAAAGAACCGAAAAAGCACGGAGAACUGUUUCUAAAAUCGGAAUGCGUUAUGAAAGGAUACAAAAAUGAACUUAAACUUCAUCCUUUUGAAGAUGGCGAUUGGUUCCGUACCGGAGAUGUGGUUUACUUCGACUCUGACCAUUACUUCUACGUGGUGGAUCGUCUCAAAGAUUUGAUAAAAGUUAACGGACUCCAAGUUUCUCCAUCUGAAAUAGAAGAUGUAAUACAGGCUCUUCCUUUUGUAGUGGAGACGUGUGUCAUUGGCGUUCAUCAUGACUUACAUGGCGAAGUACCGAAAGCGUACGUUGUCUUAACUGAUAGAAUAAAAGAGCAGAAUAAGAACUUCGUUCUUGAAGAGAUCAUGAGACACGUGAAAGAAGUUCUGGCUCCUUACAAGCAACUACGUUACAUUGAAGCUAUAAAACAACUGCCAAAGACAGCAAGUGGGAAAAUUGCAAGAAACAUGGUUAGAAAACUACAUACAAAACGAUUUUGA